ACUUAUUGCUUCAACUUCAGAAUAGUAUAUGUAUGCAGUACAAACAAGUCCUUAUUUUGCAGAACAGAUUGGAGACCGGUGAGGUGUUUAUGACAUCUUUGUUGCCAUCUAAAGAAGGUUUUCCCACACGGUGUUUUGGCUGGAAAGAAUUGGCUGCAAGGGUGAUGGAAACGAUGGAACUGUUCGUGAAGGCAAUUACUGGUAGAACUAUUGAGCAAGAUGAAUUAGCAAGGGUCCGAGAUGGACAAGAUGCAAAUAUUAUAUCUUAUAUCUCUACAAUUGAUAGAAGAAUUGCUCCGAGAGCUGGAAUUGCAGAUUAUAAGUUUUCGUAUACUUCGGGAUGCUUCAGUUCCAAUAUAACAUCCAAUGUUAAUCAACAAGCUAUAAAAGAGUGGGUUAUUGCGACAUCGAUCUCAAUUGGUGGUGGAAUUUAUUCCUAUUACCAUGGUACUUUUUCGAUUAUUGUAGGUGAAGGAAGGUGGUACGAAUUGUUCAUUCAAAUGUGCAUAGAAGUGGUUGGUAACAAGAGCUGGAGUAUUUUAAGUUUUACAAGUGUAUUCACGACAGGUUAUCUUUCCCAUUGGGCUUUGUGUAUGUUUAGUGGUGUUGCAUACAACAAGGAUAAGUUUGAGAAGAUUCCUAUACCAGUGGUUACGCAACAUAUGGGCAUAUUUAGAGCACAUGAUACCUUCUCACCGUAUAAAAAGAUAGUGACAGGAAAAAUAAUCGAGCUAGGUAACUCACUGAUUGCUGGCAGUAUUGAUCAGUCAUUAUUGUAUGUGAGAAGUAAGUGUAUUGACCAGAAGUUAGAGGAAAUUUUAGAGAAAUAAGCCCUUGCGGCGAAAUGGGCUCAAAAAGUGGUGUUUUACAC